GGAUUACUGGACUCCUUUCGUCGCCGUGCUUGUUUUCUCGUUGGACCUUUAGAGGGCUUUUCGGUUCGUUUUCAAGAUGCUCCACCCAAUCGUGUGUUGUCACCUGCUGAGCACGUCUACACGAGGAGUGAAGAAACAGGCGCCAUCAUGGGCCAGCUGCUCUCCUCCUCCUCCUCCGAGGAGCUCUCUGAAGCCAGAGACUGGGUCGGCUCGCUCCUCUACGAUGCCAUGAUGGAAGGAGGCGCCAUACCAGACUUGAGGGUCACGCAUCCGGUUUUACUAUCUCGUCCAAAUGAGGGCUGUGACCCCGGGGCCCGUCUGCAAGAGCAACUGCAACAGCUGCAGAGUGAAAUGGGAAACCGGGUGCCAACCUACCUCAGGGAUUUGAUUGGCCGAUUUGCGGCGCUAUCCGAUGAGCCCCAUGUGACCGGCUUGGUGGGAUUAGUGGUUUCCAUGGUGAUGGAUAUGGCCUACACAUCAUCGAGGUGGUCGUCAGGGGCAACGGUAAAGUCAGCGGGGUCAUUGUCAUCCGAGCAGAGGAUGUGGGAGCUGCAGGAGCUGAUGGAGGAGUACCUGAAGCGGUGCAGGAUUAAUCUCAGCAACCCGAGCCACCUGAUCCAGGACACGGCCCGGCUGGAGGCCCAGCUCAGCCUCACCCUCACCCAGCUGAAGACCUCCCUGCUGGGGGGAGAGUGUAACUCCAGGUGUCUGAGGCAGUGGGCCAGUGGAGCCGCCUUUCAUACCCACAUGUUGCUGCAGCUGGCUGCACUGGAGCGCCAGGCGGAGCCCAUGGCUGCAAGGACGGUGCUGCAGCAAUACCAGCAAGACCUGGCCCAGCUUACACCUGCUUACAGGCGGUACAAGAUGGGGACAAUACACGUGGUGAAGUGUCGGGGGGGCCUCGUGGGGCCGCAGGCUCUGCCCAGCGAGCCGGAAGAGGGCGGGGCCAUGACUGGCGUCACUGUGACGGACAGGGAGACGGGGCGGGGCGUGGCCAUCCCUCUGUCUGACAUGCAGACAGUGAAAGGGAGAAGUGGCGGAGCCCCCGACUCUGACAACGCCCCCGGUGCUGAGUACUCUGCCGCAGCCCUGGACCUCAUCACCUCAGAUCAGUACGCCCAGGCCUAUGUGGACCACCUGUUCUCUAGCAAAGGACCAGUGGCACAACUGGAGAACUACUUUACCGGGGCCAGAGACCAUCUGAGCGCGCUCAGACUCCCUUCAGGAAGUCCCGACGGGACGGGAGCGAACAACGGAGCUGAAGGAGUGGGCAAAGAGAGGACAACGAACGGGGGCAAAGCGAGGGAUGUGGGAGAAAGGGGAAGAGAGGCAGAGACAGAGGGACAUAAGCAGGAAGAUGAAAACCUGAUGCUAAGUAUUGCUGAGACACAGCCUGCACAGAGCCAGACUCCCGGUCUUCAGUGUGGACAUGACAGCCACGGCUAGCAUCCUGAGCACCAAGCUAGCUCCACAGUAUGUAGCACAUGUCCAACUGCACUGUCUGUUUUACCCGCCAGCCAAGAAGCUCGUUAGAAAGCAGCAGGAUGUUUACAUGACUGUCCACCUGCCAACAUAGCGUGUAGAGACUUAUUGUAACCCCGGGCUAAAUCCAGCCAUGCUAGCCACGGGGCUAGCCUCGUGGCUAGCUAGCAGGGACUUUCUGCACUGUUAGGUCGGUCACAGAAGGUGCCCAGCUAGCAAUUAUUGGUCAUAAAAACGUUCUGACAAUGUUAGGAAAGAAAUCUCAGAAUGUUCUCUUGGUGUUUUCAGCAGGAAGUUUUCGUUGCAUCCGCAGAGCCUUCCAGGAUAACAUUCUGGGAACGUGUUAUGGAAAAACGUGCUGUAAUUUCAGGCCUUAAUAACAUCCUGAAAACAUGUUCAACAUGUUGCUUUGCAAAUGUUCUUCCUUUCUUAUCAUGUGACAUUGCAGGAAUGUUUUAUAGAAGAACAUUCUAGAAUCUGUUACCUCAGCAGCAUCCCCAAAACAUCCUCGGAAUGCUGCAGCUGAAACGCUCUGCCCUUGUUAACAUGUGACGGUAUAGGAACAUCAUUUGAAAUGGAAAACGUCCUUAAAAUGUUCUUUGAACGUGAGAUGAAAGCAUCUUCUUUAAAACAUAAGCAGAACCUGUAGGGAAUGUUAGCCACUGUGGUGGGAACAUCCCCUGCUAGCUGGGUGCAGACUACUGAACUGUCGAGUGGCGUGAAAAGUGAAGUUUGGUUUCUGUUAAUGACUGGAUUCACCUCUAAUCACUCCAAGUACACGCUGUAGAUCCUCUCUCCUGUGUGUGAUAUUAAAGAAACCCAU